AUGUAUGUCGAACAACCGUUUGAUGAGAUAAAAGUUCUGCCUCAAAAGAGACGAGUGGCGUAUUUCUACGACCAAGAUGUAGGUAAUUAUUUCUAUGGAACGGGACAUUGCAUGAAACCUCAUCGAAUAAGAAUGACCCACUCACUAAUAAUGAACUAUGAACUAUACAAGAAAAUGGAAAUAUACCGAGCCGAGCCAGCGACCAAUUUGGAAUUGACACAGUUUCAUAGUGAUGAGUAUAUAGAUUUUAUUGAUCGAGUUACACCUGAUAAUUUGCACUUGUUUCCGCGUGAAGCCCAGAUUUUUAAUGUUGGAGAAGAUUGUCCUGUAUUUGACGGGUUGGGGGAAUUUUGUAAGAUAUCAUGUGGUGGGUCAAUGGAAGGAGCAGCGAGGUUGAAUAACGGAAGUGCCGAUAUUGUUAUAAAUUAUGCUGGUGGGUUACAUCAUGCUAAGAAGUCUGAAGCGAGUGGGUUUUGUUACACAAAUGAUAUUGUAUUGGCAAUAAUAGAACUACUUCGAAAACAUCCAAGAGUAUUAUAUAUUGAUACUGAUGUUCAUCAUGGCGAUGGUGUUGAAGAAGCAUUUUACACCAGUGACCGAGUUAUGACUUGUUCUUUCCACAAAUUUGGUGAGUUUUUUCCAGGAACGGGGAAUGUUGGAGAUAUUGGAAUUGGUAAGGGGAAAUACCAUUCAGUAAAUGUUCCCUUGAGAGAUGGUAUAGACGAUGCUUCGUAUAAAUCAAUUUUUGAACCAAUUAUUCAAAGAAUUGUCGAUUGGUACCAACCAUCAGCAAUAGUUUUACAGUGUGGUGGCGACUCGUUGAGCGGGGACAGAUUGGGCCCCUUCAAUUUAUCAAUGAGAGGACACGCCAAUUGCGUUAAUUUUGUACGAUCCUUGGGGUUACCGAUGAUUGUGUUAGGUGGAGGUGGUUAUACGAUUCGAAACGUUGCAAGGACAUGGGCAUUUGAGACGGGUAUAUGCAAUGGAGUAAUACUACCGAAAGAGCUACCUUAUAAUGGAUAUUAUGAGUAUUACGCCCCAGUGUAUGAGUUGGACGUACGAUCUUCAAACAUGAAUAAUGCAAACUCAAAAGAAUACUUGGAUAAAUUGUUGACUCAAGUGGUUGCAAAUCUAGAUCAUACAAAACAUGCACCUUCAGUUCAAAUGCAUGAUGUUCCGAUGGACAAGGAGGAUCUAGGGGACAUAGAUGAAGAUAUGCCAGAUGCAAUAGAUACAAAAGGCGGAUCACAAAUGCAAAGAGAUAAAAUAGUAGAAAACGAAGCUGAAUUUUUUAAUGACGAAGAGAAAGAUAAAGGCGAGAAAAAUAUAUUUGAACAGGAGAUGGCUGCAACCAAUACAACUGUUGUUGAUGAAGAAAGAACAACAAUAGCAAAACUAGGCGGCGAAAAGACGGAGAAAGAGGAGACACCAAAAGCAAUAGCUCUAUAUGAAGAUGAAAAAGCUGAAAUUGAAGCAUUAAACAAACAAGAUUGA